AUGCCUCAUAUUUCAACAAUGGAUCUUGAUUUAUUUUUUAUAACAUUGCCUUCACAGUCGUCAAUACCACAACAUCCUUCAACCCCAAGAUCGAUUAGUACUGAUAGUGAUGAAUUUUAUGGUCUAUUUCCUUUUCCUAAACCUUUUAAAGCCAAUCCUGUAUUAGUCAAAACCGUAAAUCAAGAAGGUGGUAUGGCUGAAAAGAUGAAUGGUUUAGCAUUUUACCUUAUUGUAAUUCAUGCUGCAUUAGAAUCUGUUGUAUCAGUUCUUUAA